AAAGUGUGUAUAGUCAAAAGAAAUGAAAUGGAGGGAGUAAUCAAAUUGGAUUCAAUCUCCAACCAGUAUUAAAAAGUCAAAAGAAAUGAAAUGGAGGGAGUAAUUAAUUUGGAUUUUUCCUCCAACAUGUAGUAUUAAACAAUUCUUCGUAAUAUGUUCAAUUGAAACCUUAUCAAUCUAUGCAACAUAAUUCAACAAUAAUAAAAAUGUCUAAGUUUGGAACCUCCUUAUUGGUGCCUUCUGUCCAAGAGAUUGCAAAGCAACCCAGCAUACAAGUUCCAAAACAAUACCUUCAACCAAAUCAAGAUCCUAUUGAUGUAUCCAAUACAACUUCUUUACAACAAGUUCCAAUCAUUGACCUUAGUAAAUUGUUAUCUGAAGAUUCAUUUGAGCUAGAGAAGCUAGAUCAUGCAUGUAAAGAAUGGGGGUUCUUCCAGCUGAUUAAUCAUGGAGUGAAUCCUUCAUUGGUGGAUAAUGUGAAGAUAGGCGUUAAAGAUUUCUUAAGUCUUCCAAUGGAAGUGAAGAAGAAAUUUUGGCAAACUCCAGAAGAUAUCGAGGGGUUUGGUCAAUUGUUUGUUGUAUCUGAGGAUCAAAAGUUAGAAUGGGCAGAUUUAUUCUUCACUACGACUCUUCCAUCGUAUGCAAGGAAUCCCCGCUUAUUUCCAAAUAUUCCGCAACCAUUCAGAGAUAAUUUAGAGAACUAUUGUUUAGAACUGAAAAAAGUUUGCAUCACAAUCAUCAAACAUAUGGAAAAAGCUCUUAAAAUUGAACAAAAUGAAAUGCUAGAGUUAUUUGAUGAUAUAAUGCAAUCAAUGAGGAUGAAUUACUACCCUCCUUGUCCCCAACCAGAAAAUGUCAUUGGACUGAAUCCUCAUUCUGAUGCGGGGGCCUUAACCAUCCUUCUGCAAGCAAAUGAGAUUGACGGUCUUCAAAUACGAAAAGAUGGACAGUGGAUUUCUAUUAAACCACUCACCGAUGCUUUUGUAAUCAACGUUGGAGACAUUUUAGAGAUACUGACCAAUGGAAUUUAUCGGAGUAUUGAACAUCGAGCUACAGUUAACUCGAAGAAAGAGAGGAUUUCCAUUGCCGCGUUUCACAGACCUCAAAUGAGCAAUGUUAUAGGUCCAACACCAAGUCUUGUUACUUCUGAAAGGACUGCAUUGUUUAAAACAGUUACUGUACAAGAUUACUACAAAGCAUUCUUUUCACGCCAGCUACAAGGGAAAUCAUGCCUCGAUGUUAUGAGAAUCCAAAAUGAGAAUAGUAAGUGAUUGAAGUUGUAUAAGAUUAUUUGGGUUAAAAAUAAACAUGUUCUCUGAGUACACAGUUGCAUCAUAUGUAGUAGCUAAGAAACAAUAUUCUCAGAGUACACAGUUGCAUCAUAUCAUAUGUAUUAUGUAAGAAUAAAGUCAGAAUUACACCAGAGGUCCUUUAUCUUAUUUAUUUGUAACACUUUAGUCCUUUAUCUUUUAUUUGUAACAUAUAGGUCCUUUAUAUUUUAAAACAUGCACAAUUGUGUCCUUUUUUCUAUUUUUUAUUUUAAAAUGCUGACAUGUCGAUGACUUGGCAGUAAUGUCACUAUUUUUUUAUUA